UAUUUACUGCGAAAUCAAUAUAAGCUUGAACAAUUACCAUUUAAAAUUUCUCUGCAAUUAGUUUUCAAUAUAGUACAAUUGUCUUCACAUUGCAUUAUCGCGCAUUGUUUACAGUACGCAUGUGUGAAGUGCAGGCGCAUUAGAGUUUUGACAACUUUCGAAGUGAUUUUUCUUAUUGGAUUGCUACUCGAUAGCUUGAAAGGAUUCUCGCUACGUACUCGAGUUCAAAAAAGGACGUGGCUCCCAAGGAAGCUAGUCGUCGUCGAGCUGGCGUCGAAUAAAUUCAAUUCAAAUUCAAUACUCAAUUCUUCUGUUCCUUUGUGCACAUUUGAAAUUGUAGAGAAAAAGAAAAGAACUGCCUGAGAUACUUGUGCUUUGUGAUUUGACGUGAUUUUUUCGUUUCCAUCUCACAGUGAAGGUGAACAUCUGAAAUUUAUGGAAAAUCGGUGCCACUGAGUGACUUCGAGGAGAAGUGGGUUGUUCACGUUACGUUAGGUAAUAGCUGGCCGAAUUGCAGGACGAUAGACGGCUGAAAUCGCGUUGGCAGAAUUCAUAUCAUUGACAAGAUUUCAAGGAUCCGCACGGAAGAGGAUUCUCGUUGUUCACGCGUGAAAGUGUCCGUGACGCUUGAGUUGCUACCUCCUAGAUAGUGUGACAAAAAGGUUUUCCAUACAUAAUGUUUUCAGGACUUACAAAUCAGAUGUCCUCUUGGAUGGGGCGGCAGCCUCAAGACGAAGAGGUCCCCCCUCCGGAGAACACAAAUCAAUCAUCCGCCGUAGCUCCUGCCGAAGCGGAACCACAGCCAGCACAGUAUACUGAGCAGCCUGUUGCCGAAGGGCUUGAGGACGGCGACAAGAAACAGAGUCCAACGAAAGCUGGCGGGAUGUUCUCAAAUGUAAAGUCUCAAAUGACAGGAUGGUUAGGAAAUGCUUCGAUACCAUCAAUGCCAUCUAUGCCGGCGAUGCCAUCAAUGCCAGCUAUGCCGUCAAUUCCAUCGAUUCCAGGAUUGCGAAGAGGUGGCGCUGAAGGUGGUGAGGCAGGUGCUGAUGGGUCAGUAUUGGGUGAACAAACACAAGGUGGUAUUGGUGGAGGUGUUGAAGAUGUAUCAGGCGUUGGUGGUGGUGAUGAUGAAGACAAAUCGAGGUACAUUAGUGCUACGGAAGGAGCUGACUCACGUCCGAUAUCAGGUGGAGGAACCCCAACUGAAGAUCAAGCUGGGCAAAUUGGGAAUGUAACCACAAAAGUCACUCAAGGUGCCAAAACAUUUGGAUCAUUCUUAUAUUCUGCUGUAAAUAAAGCUGGAGCUAAAAUAAAGGAAACUGUUAAGGAUAAUACUAUUCUCAGUGAAUUCAAUAAAGAGCAAGAUGCGUUCAUCAAAGGGCAAGCUAACAGAUCUGAUGCUGGUGUGGCACCUUGGAUUGGCCACAAUAACGAGGAGAAAGUCAAAGAAGAAAUUUUGGGAUUAUCACAGGAUCGUCGUAAUUUCGUGCGAGCACCUCCUGCCGGAGUUGAUUUCCAAUUCGACUAUGAUCAGUCAUAUCCAGUGGCGUUAGCUAUUAUGACAGAAGAUAAAGAACUUGAAAAGAUGCGUUUCGAGUUAGUUCCAAAAAUAAUAACUGAAGAGAAUUUCUGGAGAAAUUACUUUUAUCGUGUAUCUUUAAUCUGUCAAGCUGGUGAAUUAGGUACUUUAGGAGCGGAUGGUUCUAUAAUGGGCCAAGCAUCUAGUGAAGAAGUAAAAUCGUUAAAGUCCGAAACAAAUUCAAACGAAAGUCACAUUGAAUCGAAAGAAUUAGAUAAUUCGAAGGAUACUUCGGAAACGUCACAUCCCUCUGAAAAAAAUGACCAAAUAAAGAAAGCAGGAAGACACAAAUUGAGUGAAUCGGAAUUUGUUUCGGAUACUUUCCAAACUACAGAAACGGAUCUAGAAGAAGUAAAAGCAGGAAUGCGAAAACUUGGUAUCGACAGUUUGGCACAACAGGCUGCCGUCGAUAAUGAGGAACAGUGGGAGAAGGAUUUGGAAGCUGAAUUACAAGAAUACGAGGUUGUUAAUAAUGGAACAUCAUCGGCUGCAUCUGGUGGUAGAACUGCGGACGGCAAUGACGCUUCAACGGCAACAGGAACCAAUUUUCGAACACGAUCAAGCCCAUCAAACACCGAUUGGGAACAGUAUGCCGACAUUAUCGAUGAAGCCGAUGAUUUAAAGUAAUUAAAAGUUUAUAUCAUAGUUUCUUUUAAAAUAUCAGUGAGAAUAUUCGAUUCAAUUAGCCUAUUAUAUCAUAUAUAAAUAUUGAAAGAGAAGAAACGAAAUACAAUAAAUAAGUCUUUGACACCAUUCCAAAUGAAAAAGGAAUAAAUCUAUGUUUUCCAACACAUACAACACAAGCUAUAUACAUAGAUAUUGAUCGAGUUAGAUUUUUAAAUUGAUUUUGUUACAAUUUUGUUAACUAUUUGAUUAACAUGUAUUAAAUAUUAAAAUAUUAAAGUCAUUGCAUAAAACCUCUUAAGCAAAUAUAUUAUACCUAGUUAAGAUCUAAAAUUGAUUUGAAAAAAUUUUAAAGGGAAAAGUGUAUAAAUAAAUCAUUAAAGACAAUGUAUUAUAUAGGGAUAUACAUUUAAAGACAAGUUCAACUAGAAUAUAUCUAGAUAUUUUCAUUUUAGCAACAACGUUUCAAACACCUUACAAUGAUAAUAAAGAGAAGUUGAAACAAUAGAAUCUAUUCUUAGUUCUUUCUGUAAAUAUCAAUAACACGACAACUGUUAUCGCGGUGCUCUCCGCGCCUGAGCGGGGUAGGAAGUUGCAAACCUAGCCCCCGACCGUCAUCAAUCAGGUCGUUAUCCUUUCAGCUAAAUUCACCUGAAUCGAAGAAGUACUGACGUGCUGGUUCAAUUGUCUCAGUUACAUGAAAUAGCGCAAUUAUAGUUUAAUAUAAUGAAGGUAAAUUUAUUGAUAAUGAAAAUAUGGUUAGUUUCCUGGCUGUUAGAUUAAUUAAAACAAAUUCAAAUAUAUAUUAAAACCAUUUGGGAAGUAAUGAUUAAAGAUUAAAUUAUUAACAAAAAAAAAAACGAAAGCAAAUUACAUACAUAUUCUAUACAUAUAUGCAGUUAUAUGUCGAUAUGAAAAGUUAAAUUUUUACAAAGAACAAUUGUGGAAAUAUAAAAUUUGUUGCUUGAUCGAGUUAAUCUAAUUGUCUUCUAAUAUUCAUUGUUAUUUUGAACGGCCUCUCAUGAUAUACACAUAAGCUUAGUGAUAGCUCAAUUAAAAACCUUGAAAAUAUUCAAUACCCCAAGAACUUACUUUAUUUACAAUAUCAAAUAAUUUAUUUACAGUGAAAAUAACAUCAAAUAUACAAUUUCACUGAUUUUUUGUGUUCUUACUCUGAUGGAAAAGAAGAGUAAGUCAAAGUAAAAAGCAUAUACAUACGCGUACUUAUACAUUCAAACAUAUAUACCUAAACAUACAAUUGAAACGCCACGUUUUUAUGAUUAUAUUGCUAUUCUGUAAAGAGAUUAUUAUAUUAUUAUUGAGGAUAUUUCGUGUUAUAUGUAUUAUAUUUAAAGAUAAAAAAGCAAACAUCCUAUACUCUUCCUCUCAUCUCUUAUCUAUCUGUAUUUCUUGUAAAAUUAACUUUGAAAAUAAAUAAAACCAAAAGAAGAAAAAAAAAAUAACAUGAAAGGCAUAUAGCAGUCAUUAGAAGAAUAACUGCGACAAACAUCAUAUUGAAGUCGGAGAAGUAAGAAAACAUCAAAUGCCCCGUUAAUAAUAGAAACAUAUACAGAUCAUUUGAAAAAAAAGAAAUAUAUAUAUAUAGAUUAGAGAAUAUAUUGUAUUUCAAGGAACACAUAACAACAUGCAAAAGUGACAGAAAACUGAAGUAAAUAAAUAUGUAACUAUUCAAAAAA